AUGUGCAGGAGUGGAAAAACUGUGACAACACAAUAUGUUGAGCAGGAGGAAAAUAACGAAGAUGAGGUUAGUGAGGGUGAAAAUGAACUAUUUGGUGUAUACUCAGUCUAUACAGCUACAGAUGGAAAAGAUGGCAUUGGAAUAGACUUAAACAUAGAAGGUGCCUCAGUCCGAAUGCAGUUGGACACUGGAGCUGCAGUGACCUUAGUGCCAGAAAAAACAUACAUAAAGACCUUGUCACACUUACCCUUAAAACCAUGCAACUUGACAUUGAUCACUUUCAAUGGGGACACCAUUCCUAUAAUGGGCCAAAUGACUGUGGCAGUGACAUAUGAGGCUCAGAGACAGACAUUACCACUGGUCAUAGUGAAGGGUGACCGCCCUGCACUGCUGGGGAGGAACUGGCUGAAGAGGAUUAAGAUAAACUGGGCAAACAUAUUCACAGUGCAAAGCAGAGGGGACAGAGAGCCGGAGGUAUUGGCACUGAUGCGACGCUACCAGUCAGUGUUUGACGAGGGGCCUAGUACAAUCCGUGGAUUCAAAGCGCACAUCAGGAUUAAGCCAGAGACACCGCCCAUCUUCAAGAAAGCCAGACCCCUGCCCUAUGCUUUGAAAGGGACAGUUGAACAGGAACUGGACAGACUGGAGGCAAUGGGAAUAAUUUCAAAAGUUGAUCGUAGUGACUGGGCCUCCCCUUUAGUUGUCGUCCCAAAAUCUGACAAGAGCAUUCGAAUUUGUGGUGAUUAUAAAGUCACCAUCAACCAGAGUGUAGAGGAGGAAACCUAUCCUCUACCCAACACAGAAGAUCUCUUUGCAACAUUGGCAGGGGGUAGAUGGUUUUCGAAGCUGGAUCUGUCACAUGCGUACCAGCAACUCGAACUAAGCCCAAAUUCAGAGAAGUAUCUGACAGUCAAUACUCACCGUGGACUGUAUAGAUACCAUCGCCUAUCAUAUGGGGUCUCCAGUGCACCUUCGAUUUUCCAAGGGGUGAUGGACCAAGUGUUGCAGGGUCUGGAUGGAGUCACCUGCUUUUUGGAUGAUAUAUUGAUAACGGCAAGCACAAGAGAAACACACUUAAAGAGACUUGAAGAGGUCUUGAGCAGGCUGGAGAAAUAUGGAGUGAGAGCCAAACGAGCAAAAUGUCAGUUCAUGAAGGACCAAGUGGAGUACCUGGGACAUCUCAUUGAUGGACAGGGGCUACAUCCCACUGAGGAAAAAGUGGCGGCCAUAGUCAAUGCACCUAGGCCGAGCAAUGUGACUGAGUUAAGAUCGUACUUGGGCCUCUUGAACUACUAUGGACGUUUCCUAGAAAACUUAGCCACACUACUCCAGCCACUGCAUGCAUUGCUGAAGAAAGAUGCUCCAUGGGAAUGGACUCCAGGCUGUGAGACUGCCUUUAAACAAGGCAAGGAACAGCUACUGAGAAGUAAAGCACUUGAGCAUUAUGACACAAAGAAAAGGGUUAGGCUUGCUUGUGAUGCAUCACCUUAUGGGGUGGGUGCUGUGAUCUCCCAUGUGAUGGCAAAUGGGGAAGAAAGGCCAAUUGCAUUCGCAUCCCGCACUCUGACAGAGGCGGAGAAGAAAUAUGCUCAAAUCGAAAAGGAGGCGCUGGGGAUUAUCUUUGGGGUUAAGAAAUUUCAUAAGUAUCUCUACGGGAGGAAAUUCACCUUGAUUACAGACCAUAAGCCAUUGUUGGCCAUUUUAGGGCCCCAUUCAGCCAUUCCGACAUUGGCGGCGCUGAGGAUGCAGCGCUGGGCACUGAUCCUAAUGGCCUACACCUAUGACAUAGAAUACCGCAGAUCAGAGGAUCAUGGAAAUGCUGACGCAUUGUCUCGGCUGCCAGAAACAAAGAUGGAUGACACAGCUGCUGAACAGGGGAUCUUUUAUUUCUCUUAUGUGGAUGAACUCCCGGUACAAGCCUGUGAAAUAGCAGAAGGCACAAAGAAAGAUUCAAUUCUCAGCAAAGUGCAGCAUUAUAUUUUGGAGGGAUGGCCGGAUGAGCUCCGGGAUUCUUCACUGAAACUCUUUUUCAAUAAGAGGACAGAGCUGUCAGCUGAUCAUGGAUGCAUCCUAUGGGGACUGAGAGUAGUCAUUCCACCAAUACACAGACAACGGCUGCUGAAUGAUUUGCAUGAGGGACACCAGGGCAUCUGCCGUAUGAAGGCGUUAGCCAGAAGCUGUAUGUGGUGGCCUCAAAUUGAUAAUGAUAUCGAAAAUAGAGUGCAGGACUGCCAAGCUUGUCAGGCGGUACGACACAUGCCGGGAGUUGCACCAUUGCACUGCUGGAAGUGGCCUUCCCGAGUGUGGCAAAGAAUCCACAUUGAUUUUGCUGAAAAGGAUAAGCAACAUUUCUUGGUGGUGGUGGACAGCCACUCCAAAUGGCUUGAAGUUGUGCACAUGACUGUGACAACAGCAUUAAAAACCAUUGAAGUCCUCCGUGGUCUGUUUGCUUCUCAUGGCCUGCCAGAAGAAUGUGUCAGUGAUAACGGACCUCAAUUCACCUCAUCAGAGUUCCAACAGUUCUUGAGAAAUAAUGGUGUCAAGCAGACCUUGGUUCCGGCAUACCAUCCUGCCUCAAAUGGGGCAGCUGAGCGGUCCGUUCAGACACUGAAGGCAUCUUUGAUGAGGCAGGUACUGAGUGAGGAUCAAAAAGGCCCAAAAUGUUCCCUACAGCAUCGCCUAGCAAACUUCCUCCUUAUGUACCGCAGUACGCCACAUUCUGUCACGGGAUGUACUCCAGCCGAGCUGUUUUUGAAACGUCAGCUGCGGACCCGUUUCAGUCUCCUCAGGCCGGACCGUGCCAAAUUCAUGGAAGCCCAGCAGGCAAAACAAAAGGCACACCAUGAUCGGUCUUCCUCUACCUUGCGGACCUUGAAUGCAGGUGACUUGGUCAGAAUGAGAAACUUCCGUGAGGGGAAGGAGAAAUGGAGUAGGGCUACAGUUGUGAAGCGUCAGGGCCCUGUGACCUAUCUGAUUAAUGAUGGUGUGAGAGAGCGCACUGUCCAUAUUGACCACCUGCUGUCCUCCAAGGAAACCAUGGACUUUGCGCCUGUUGACAAUGACCCCCCUCAUGCCCAAACACCAGAGCACCAGACACCGGAGCACCAGACACCGGAGAUGAACUUACCGGGAACUGCAGGAGCUACUGAAGCCAUCAGUAGAGACAGGAUCAUGACACCAAGACAACAGUUGCACACACACACGCCUGCAAGUGCAGUGAUCACCACACCCACAGCAUAUCGAACGCCACUUUCAACACCAGUCAGAGCACCCACAACCGAACCUGAACCAAGAAAAUAUCCACAGAGAUACCACACAGCUCCAAAGAGACUGGACUUAUGA